CUUUACAGUUCAGAAUAACUCACCUGUUCCAUCCACUUUCAUCAUUGGACAUAUUUAGUCACCACCUGCGUUUUUUGUGUUCUUGAGGUCACUUUAGAGUAAAAGAGAAGAAGAAAUGUAACAUAUUUGGACGACCAACAUUCAUCAUAUUGGAAGGAUGAAAGACAGAUUUGGCCAACUUCAGGAUGCGUUGGAUGAGCCUGGAGGAGGAGGAGGUUACACCAAUGAGGCCUUCACCAAUGUGGACCUGGACCUAGAUGACCUGUCUGCCCAUUCGGGCAGGAACCGUGCAACAGUGGUGCCUGACAACGACCCUGAGCUGAACAGCAUCCUCCAGGAGGCCCAAAAUGUUCGGCAGGAGAUCCAACAGAUCCAGGAAGACCAUGCCCAGCUCCGGGACCAGAACUACCACGCCUUGAACAACACAUUUAUGGACGACACCAGUGAUGUGAUCAGGGACGCCAACAACAUUGCAACAGACAUCAAGGUCAGAGGAGGGGCUGUGUUGCAGAGGCUACACAGGAUGAACAGGGAGACCAGGAAGCUGGAGGUUCAGCGAGGUAGCACUGACCACGUGGUACGCAUCGCCCGGACGCAGUACACCAACCUGAGCACCACCUUCAGGGAAGUGAUGUUCGACUACAACGAGACAGAGCUGGGACACAGGGAGAACUGUAAGAAACUGAUCCAGAGACAGAUGGCGAUUGUGGGCAGAGACGUCACGUCUGAGGAGGUUGAGGAGAUGAUGGAGAGCGGGCAGCAGUUGAAUAUCUUCAACGCACUGGCUGAUGGGACGGCCCAGUCGGCACUGACGCAGAUCGCUAGUAGACACAAAGAGCUGCUUGACCUGGAGAAGAGGAUCCAGGGGGUUCAAGAGCUGUUUCUGGAUGUGGCUGUGCUGACAGAGGAACAGGGAGCGGUGCUCAACAACAUCGAGACCAACGUACAAAAGACGGAGGCACCUAUCGCGGGUGCCAGGGUUCAACUGAACAAAGCCAAAAGAUAUGACAAGAACAAUCCCAUCAAGAAACUGUGCUGUUGCUGCUUUCCAUGUUGCAAAUGAUUGUAUAUCUCAUCUGAUACAUUGUGUAUGUGAUACAUUCAUUAUCUUGAUAUUAAUGUAAAUAAUAUGAUUUUUUUUAAAGAAAGCAGUGGGACUGGGAGGUUGGCCUGCAAUAAGGCCAGGUAACGAUGGAUAACCAUUGCCAGGAGGAAAAUACUGUAUGAGGGAUGCAUAGAAGGGCCUAAUAACUCUCUGGACUACCAACCAAACGACACUUUCAAUCAAAAGAACAUUGCAUUGAGUUUGCAGAGAGUCUGAACUCUUUCUAUUCUAGGUUUGAUAAUCUGGACUUUAGUACUGAGAAGGAUGAGCUGCUGUGUGAACUCUUAACAUUAGCACAAUGGGAAGCUGAUUUGGUAAUAGAGGAAGCAGAUGUUGAUAGGGUUUUAAAAUGAAACUAACAGUCAACUAAUAAUAGUAAUAGCAGUAAAGGUCACCUAAUCAUCCCCAGAUUACAAUUGGCUCAUUCAUCCCCCUCCUCUCCCCUGUAACUAUUCCCUAGGUCGUUGCUGUUAAUGAGAAUGUGUUCUCAGUCAACUUACCUGGUAAAAUAAUUUUAAAAAACAAAAAAAACAAAGCCACUGGCCCAGGUAACAUUGGUAACCAUGUUCUGAAGUCCUGUCACAAGGACUUGUCAGGUGUGUUCUGUGAGCUGAAUGCCACCAAGAUCAAAGACCUUGCCAUAGAUUUUAGGAAGGAAACAUCAGCUCCAAAGGCAAUCAACAUCGGUGACCAGAGCAUUGAACAUGUGGAUGAGAAUAAGUACCUUUGCACAAUAGUUUACAAUAAGCUAAACUUUGGAGCCAACUGUGGGCAAGUGUUAUCAAAAUGUCAAUCAUUGUUAAUAAUCCAUUUGUUUUACAGUCAUUUUACAGAUGUUUUAUUGCGUCUGUCAUAACAUUUAGUUUAGUUUCCUGGUUUGGCUCCAUCACAUGGGCAAGUCAGAAUACCUUGUGGAAUACCAGUGGUAAGAUUAAAGGGAGAAGCCAAAAGGUGCCCCUGAGACAUUUACUAAUACCACACAUACAAGAGGGGUAAUAAAUAAUUUGGGAUCUAGCACAUCCGCUGAACAACCAGUAUGCAAUACUGCCAUCAGGGUGCAGACUCAGGUCUUUAACUCUUAAAACCAAGAGAAGGACUAACAGUUUUGUACCGGCAUCAGUACGGCUUUUAAAGAUAUCAGUUUGUCUCUGUGGAUGGUUUGUCCUCUGACAAAUGAACUGUACAUUUAGGUGUUCCUCAAGGCUCCAUUUUAGGACCACUAUUGUUUU